UUAAAUAUAUGAGAUAAAAUGACAUUACAAACAGUCAAUUUCUAGAUAUUUGAUAUCUGCGUGAUCAACCCAUAGAUGAAAUGGUUCAGCUCACCAUUAAGAUGUUGCUCAACAUCACAGAAGCGAUAGCUCUCCGGACUGUGGAUAAAAGCGUGAGCAUGCUCUACUCCGUUCUGUAAAUGAAGAAGAAAUCGUCCAAUAUUUUUUGAACACUUGAACUAAAGUUUUCACUCGUACCUUUUCCAAACGUCUCCACGGGGCCUCUUCCAUGUAAACCUUGGCUCGAAGUACAUGGUUAAAAGAGGUCAAGAAGUGAUGACAGAUGUCGAGAGAAAACUGCUCAAUGGUGUGCACCUACAGAAUAAACAAAAGGCCAUGAAAUGCAGUUUCAAAGGAUGAUCCAGGUAAGUAGUGUUGGUGUGUAUCUUUUGGAUCUUGACCUGACUUUGCUAGAGUCAUGCAGACUAGUGGACAUGGAUGAGGGGAAGUGAAGAGGAGAGUGCAGGCAGGGUGGAGAUGCUAGAGUGAAAACUCUAUAGGACAAUACUGAGAUAUGGUUUCAGGACAGGAGCUCGGGCUCAAAGACAAUAAGCAUCGUUGUAGGUCACACCCAAGCUCCCGGCCCUGAAAGUUUCCAAGUUGUCUCCGCAUCAUUCAAGGUCCACCUACCCCCUUCAGCUUGGCCAGUGCGUGCACCGUGUUUUUGAUGGUGUCCGUCGGGAUGAUGUCUCCGUUGUCUCCUGUCAGGUAGUCCUUGCGUGACCUGAGCGUCAGUUCGACGUCCGCCUUCAGCUCAAUGAUGCUGUGUUGGUUCCGCUCUCUCCUGAUGGUGAGCACCUUCACCAUGUUCUUUCCGUAGCCUGUUCGCACAAACUCCACAUUCUGACACACGCAGCAGCGCAGGACGGGAAGAUGUGUUACUUUUAGUUCACUAUUGCAUCUCGCUAAAGCAUUUCAAAUUGCUACAAUAUCAUAGAGAAAUAGUCAAAUUCAACUGAGCUGAAUUGGACUGCAGGUGGCAGUAGCAUUCCAGUACUUGUUUGCACAGCACACACAGUAAAACAAGGAAGAUGAGCGUCAGCAAUCCUUUAAUAAUAACACUCGUGCAUCCUGAUGAUCUUCCAGAAAGCCACCAAUAUUUAAGCGCUUCUUAAAGCGCAAAAAAAAAUAAUCCAUUGCAAAAUGUGUUGAUAUGUUAGCCGUUCAUUGAACUGACCACCGCUGCUGAUGAACAUAUUCCACCGUUGGUACCUUUAGAUUUAUAGUUCUAGUUUUAAAAAUGAAAUGGUCUUCACAUGAAGAUGGAACUUGUCAUCUAUUGUGCGCACAAAUAAUGUGUCCCUAGCAACAGUCUUGCCUUCAGGUCAUUUACCUCAAAACUAUGUCAAUACUCUCCUCUGUGAGCGGAUUAAUAAAUGCACAUAGUAUCAAUGUUAGCUUGAAUACAUACCUGAUGUGCCAUGAUCACUUCCCUUCCUUCAGCUGUUCCUUGAGUGUCUGCUGUCUCCUGCUGCUCCAGAUGCAUUUCACAGUUAGGGUGGAUCCACCGGUCAAACUCGGUGAUUGGAAGUUUAGAGGUGAAACCAGUUUCACCAGAGCGUGAGCAUGUUUUUCUUUCUUUUUUUUUUUGAGUCCAUUCAUUGAUUUUCUUUGCUUCCACUGCUCAUCUUAUGUAAGCAUCAAUCACCAACUCUGUGUCUUUGUAGGUCAUGAAUAGAGUUAGAACUUCAUGAAUGGCAAUAAUACACACUUUUUAAACAGGGAUUUUAUAAAGCGUUGCGUUUUUGGUAAUAUUCAGCCACUUUUCCUUUGAAACACAGCUGUGCAGAUGGUUAAUGUUGUGUGUGAGGAAAAAUAAUAUUUUUAUGUUAAGUAUCAACUGAUAAAAAGCAGGGGGAGCAAGUUUAAAAUCAUAUUCAUUUGUUAUUAUUAAUAUGAAUUAGAAAAGUGGGUGCUCAUUUUCUCAUUUUCACCCAAUAUUAUGUCCUACAUUCUUCAUAUAUAUAUAUAUUGCGGGAGACCUGUUUAGCAUUUGAAAUAUCAUUAAUGCAAAUGUGCUCCGUGAGACAGCAGGUGGUAGUAGUGUUCCAGAGAGAUAAACCAGUAGAAAUGGCGGACUGUCUACAGACAGAUCUGUUCCUCAUCCCAUUCAACAUUUCCUGAAUUAUUCUUAUAAAUCCUUCGGUAUCUCUUCAUGUUGCUUAGCGAACAGAGUCCUCGGUGCUCGCACUGUUAUCGCCAUCAUCCAGUAGUAGUAUCUGAUUAUCCAUAAUAUGUACCCAUGCAGAGUUAGCUGUAGCUGUAGUUUGCUACAGUUUGCUGUCUGUGACACUCUUCUCUGUCUUUCUUUUUUUUAUUUAACCAUCUCACAUGUUUACUGGCUGCUGUAAAAUAAGUUCAUUAGCUUUCGUUUCUGUGUGUUGCCACGGUCAGUUUGGAGAAGUUUUUGUUUUCACACUUCCUCCCUGUGCCUAAAAUCAGCCUGUCAACUGUAUCAGUUCCUGUUUCAGGUUGGAGGGUAAUGUGACUGAAUUCUCAUUUAUAAGUCCUCUGACAACUGAUCUCUCGAUCCACCAUGUGUCUCAACAUUUGUCUGUGUUUGUGGUUAGUUUUAAUGUUUUUGUGUUGCUGCCGAUCUCACAUCUCGUGCAGGAAUGAAGCAGGGGAGCCGGUGGAUUGUUGUUUGACCACCAAAGGUUCAUCAUUUACAAGCUACCGCGGUAUCAGAUAGGUGGUGUUGGGAGUGGCGUGGACUACAUGUAUCUGGACUCCUCUGUCGGGACCUGGGUGAUGAGUCAGUUCAUGGUCAACAUGAGUGAAGGAGCCGUGGCCAACACACUAAACCAGCUGUACAAGGGAGACACUUACAAGUCUAACAGCUCAGUCUAUGCACUGUACAACGAUUCACCGCCUGAUACAGAAUACAUCCGAGGACAUGGACACACCAAAGGCGUUCUCCUUUUCGACCACAUCCAAGGUUUCUGGAUGUCACACAGCAUCCCCCACUUCCCUUCCGCCCCCGAGAAGGGAUACCUUUACCCGGUGACUGGAAUAUAUUACGGCCAGACCGCUCUGUGUGUCACAUACAACUUUGACCAGUUUCUUCACGUUGAGCAGCAGAUGACCUUACUUAACCCUCACUUCUACAACUGCUCCGUGCCGCCUGCCUUCUCCUCCAGAUUCCCACUGUUGGUCGAGAUGUGUGGCGGCGGCGGCAGACCACCUAAGUCGGGAGACAAGGGAGUGCGGCCGCUGGUCUCUGCUGGGGGACAGACAUUUUACAGUUUUGUCAAGUCAGCUAAAUUUGUGGACGACAUAUAUGUUGGUUGGGUGGCUCAGGUCCUGAACUCGGACCUCCUGGUCCAGUCCUGGCAGAGACAAGCUAAAGAUCUGCCCUCCAACUGCUCGCUCCCCAGACACGCCAUGAACGUCAAGCGUAUCAAGCUGCCUGGUCCUGUCAAGUUCACGUCCUACGAAGAUCACUCCAAGUGGUGUGUGUCGUUGAUCUAUGAGGACCAGCUGACCUGCUUGGGGGAUCUAAACCGACAGAAUGUGCAAAUGUGGCGUGCUGGAGGUGUGCUGUGCACCGACGACCCAGUGAUCUACAAAGCCUUUCGACCAGUGGUGGACUGGUACAUCGGCUGCUGACUUGAGGACUUUCAACGUCAACUAUGUGUCAUAUAAUGAUACAAUUUUUAGCAUUUUCUUUUCUUUCUUUUUACACUCAUCAAUGCUGUGUAAACCUAUACACGUAUUUAUUGGGGUUAUUUUUCCCAUAAAUAAUUUUCAUACAUUUCUAAACUUUUUAAUGGACUUUUUAUUAAAUGAUUUAA